ACAAUCGUCAAUGCUAUUUUGUGCUGGUGUGAUAAUUCAGGAAACUAUUCUGAAUUUAUUCGCGAUUAUUUCAAAAACAUGUUAAUUUGCCAUAAUAUAAAUAAUUAAACAAAAUAAAUUAGAGUGUCUUUCUUUUGGGUCGGCGAUGUGUUGUCGCUGCACAUUGCCAUGAGCGUUUUAAAUAAUCAGUCGUAAAUUAUAUUAUUGUUUUGAAUCUGAUUCACGAUGGUGUUCGAAUCCAUUGUGGUGGACGUCCUGAACAGGUUCCUUGGGGAUUAUGUGGAAAAUUUGAAUCGGUCCCAGUUGAAACUGGGAAUAUGGGGUGGCGAUGUGGUGCUGGAAAAUUUGAAGUUGAAGCAAAAUGCCUUGGAAGAGCUAAACAUCCCGGUUCAGACUGUGUAUGGACAUUUGGGAAAACUCGUCCUCAAAAUACCAUGGAAGAACCUAUACGGCGCGUCGGUGGAGGCGUCCAUCGAACGCCUCUUCCUGAUCGUGAACCCUUCAGCUGAGGUCGUGUAUGACCCUGAGAAAGAGGAGAAGCUAGCGCUGGCCGCCAAGCAGGCCGAGCUGGUGAGGGUUGAGGAGGCUAAGAAGAAAGAAGCUGAGAAAGAUCAAAACAAACUCGACGAGACCUUCGUCGAAAAGCUAGUAACGCAAAUUAUAAAGAACGUCCAGCUGAACAUAAAGGACAUCCACAUCCGCUACGAGGACAGCAUAACGAAUCCCAAGGCGCCCUUUUCCUUCGGCAUCACACUACACAACCUCUCAGUGCACACGACUGAUGAGAAUUGGAAGCAGACGGUUAUUCAGGACGCCGUCACUAAGAUUUUUAAGAUAUUAAAUUUAGACGGUCUGGCAAUAUACUGGAACCCGGCAACGGAGCUGUACUCGAAACACGCAGAAGAAUCCAUCAGGGAAAGGCUGGAGAAAGAGAUCGCGACCAAAUCUUCACAGCCUACGUUUUAUAAAUAUGCGCUUGGUCCAAUCAAUGCCACAGCAAAACUAAAACUAAAUCCAAAGCCCGAAGCCGAUACGCCCAAGUUUAGUUUACCCAAAGUCAUAUUAACGCUACACAUGGAGCAACUAUCAGUCAACUUGAACAAAAAGCAGUACCAAGACAUGAUGCUGCUAGCUGAUUCUAUGGAUAGAAUGAAUAAGGGAGCUCCAUACAGAAAAUACCGUCCGAACCUCCGCUCAUACCGUGGCCACUACAAAGAAUGGUGGCAUUUCGCUUACAAGUGUAUUUUGGAGGACGAAGUGCGCCGCAGAAGAAGGAACUGGGACUGGACGCAUAUGUUGACACAUCGGAAUCUGUGCAAAGACUAUGCGAAGGCGUAUCAGUGUAAACUGAGUAAUAAAGGCAAGCCGACUCAAGAGCAACAGUGUCUUCUAGACGAGGCCGAAAAGAAACUAGACCUGCUCAACUUGGUCGUUAUCCGGCAAAGGAUUGAGAUGGAAGUGGAGCGGCUGGGCAAGCUGGAGGAGGAGGCGCGCAAGAGCCGCGGCUGGUUCGGCGGCUGGUGGGGCGGCGGCUCCAAGGACGGCGGGCUCGCCGAGGGCACGGCCAUCAUGAAACAGUUCCAAAACGCGAUGACUCCCGAGGAAAAGGCCAAGCUCUUCCGUGCUAUAGACUAUCAGGAAAACAGCGCUCCACUGCACCUGCCUACCGAAUACGUGGCUGUUGAGACUUGCUUCCGUCUCGACAGAUGUCAAGUGGCAGUGAACGAUGAUAAGGAAGUGUUGAAGGCUUGUGUGGACAACGUUGUGGUUGAGAUGGGACAGAGACCGAGCGCCAAUGCGAUCAGGGUGGACGUGAAAAUGCAAGCAUUCACGGUGACCGGCGUGCAACAAGGAGAUUACACACCACAACUCGUUACGUCUAAGGAGGUCACUAGCGACGUCAACCUGCUGAAUGUCACAUUUGAGACCAAACCUUUGGAUGGUAAAUGCGACCAGAGGGUGCGAGUGUCGGCGCGGCCGCUGCAAAUCAUUUACGACGCGCAAACUGUUAUCGAGAUUGUCAACGUCUUCAAACCGGAAACAGAGUCCUCAGCUUUGACUACUUUACAAGCGGUCGCCGAAAACAAAAUGGCCGAUCUCAAGGAGAAAUCUGCGCUGGGUAUGCAGUACGCCGUGCACCAACACACCUUCAUCGACCUCGACAUCGAUAUCGCGGCGUCUUACAUAGUCGUGUCGCAGACUGGGAAGUUUAAACCAGAGGAGCCGUGCAUAGUAGUGAAGCUUGGUGCCAUCAGCAUAAAAUCGGAGCCGCGAGACGAGACGCUGGACGUGCACCGGCUGUACAAGGAGGGCCUGGCGGACGACCAGAUCGUGCAGGAGAUCGCGCGCCACAGCUACGACAAGCUGGACCUGCAGCUCGCCGAGAUGCAGAUAGUUAUAGCAUUACGCAACGAAGACUGGCAAUCAGCUAUAGGCAGCCACGAAGCUACACCGCUGCAUCUCCUGCAGCCCACGAACCUCGUCAUACAAAUACACAAGUGCCUGAUCACAGACGACCCGAGACUGCCCAAGAUCAGGAUCAGGGGCGAAUUGCAGAAGAUUGCUAUUAGUGCUUCUGAGGAUAGGUUAUUAACGCUCUGUGAAAUAUUAAUAGGCAUGCCUCUGCCUAAAGCAGAGGAAUCUACACAACUUAAGGCAUCCGAAUCGAAAGGUUCAAGUUUGUCUCUACUGACGAAAUAUCUUGACCCAGUUGAAAAACAGAAACGCGACACGGCGCGAGCCAAGCGGAAAUCGGACGAGCAAUCCGUGCAAUUAACUGAAGUUGAAGCCAUAUUCAUAAUGAAUGAACUUGUUCUAAGUGUGAAUCGCAAGAAAGCAACCAGCGGGCAAUCCUACGACAAAUUCUUAGUAUUCUCCCUAUACAUGUUGGAAUUGACCGCCACCCAGAAAACCUUCAUGUUAGAGGCGACUGUACGGUUAGGUGCAGUCGGUAUGCAGCAUCACAGACAAGGCAAACACAUGAUACAGAUGAUCGACACACCUGAAGUUACUGAGAACAAAAACGAGGGCAAUACUUGCGAAGGAAUAGCAAGCCAUUCUUUGUUUGCGGUCACGUAUAGUAACGUCGACAAAAAAUGCCCAGAAUUCAGAAGCCACUACGGAUCAGUUGAGCAACUUAUCGAGUUGGAUUUCGCCACUUUGAGAGUCCUACUACACCUCGAAGGCUUACAAGAGAUACUUGUGAUCGUCAACGAAUAUCAGACGCGGUUACAAAAUCUCCAGAGCACCGUUGAUCGGGUCGCCAACGCCGGUCCAUUGGAGACUAUUGUCGAAGACGAGGAACUUCUGUCCGCAGUAAAAUCGAAAGCCAGUAUCGCAAAACAGACACGUAAAAAGCAAGUGGAGACCAUACAACUGAAAGUGAACGUUAAGAUAGGCGCAGUAGAGAUUGAAUUCGCAACGGACCGCCGUCGUUUGAGCUUGGUUCAGCUGCAGAAGGCUGCCGCUGGUCUAAUAUUGAAGAGCUCGUAUACGCAAGUGGAUUGCGCUAUUUCUGAUAUCAAUGUACAGGAUUUGAAUCCUGCUACGAUACAUAAAGACAUAUUAAAAGUUCUAGGCGGAGACGUGAUGAACGUCCAAGUGGUGAUGUACAACCUGGAGCAAGGCAACAACAUUAGCGACGUCAACAUGUCCGUUGACGCGCAAAUUAACUGUCUCAGAAUAGUUUUCCUCAAUUGGUUCGUCAGUUCGAUGCUGGAAUUCUUAAACAAUUUCCAAACAGCGCAACAAGCCAUCAUUGAGGCGUCAUCACAAGCCGUGGAGUCAGCCCGCGCCAACGUACAAAACGCGUACGAGAACUCCACUAAACUAGCGCUGAAAGUUCGUCUGGCGGCCCCUAUUAUAGUGGUGCCUGAGAAUUCGAAGAGUAAAAAGGCGCUCCUUGUGGAUUUGGGUCGGAUGAUGCUUCAAAACAAGUUCGUUGAUUUGAAUGUUCAGAAUGUCAAUGUGAACAACAAAGUGACAGUAGAUGAACUAACGCUGGAGUUAGAAGACAUCAGGCUUUCCUGCGUUACCCUCGUGGACGAUAUGACGGCAGUGAAAGACGAGAGAAAGCUUCUGAAACCUACGAGCUUAAAGCUCUUCGUUAAAAGGAGCCUCUCGACCUGGUACGAGCCUCUGCCCGACUUGGACUUAUCAGGGAGACUGAAGACUAUUUCGAUCAGAGUAGGCCACAGUGACUACAGAAGUAUCAUGAAAAUUCUCAAUCAGAACCUUCAAGAGGGGCAGAAGACAGAGGUUAAGUCGCAAGCCAGUCUUCCAAAGGCGACGUCUAAAGCGGCUAUAAGGAGUACUAGCAAGCAAGACGCGCGAAAAACCACUACCGCUUCAAUUGAAGCGGCGAAAGAUGUGGAUGAGAAGAAACCGAGGACAACCAUCAAGUUUGCCUUUACCAUGGAUAGUUUUGUCAUCGAUUUGGUGAACACUAACUCUAACGCCGCACCUGAAAUAGAUAGCGACAUCGAGCUAGCGCGCUUCUGCCUAGCACUGUUCUCCGUAAAAGGCCGUAUGUUGUCUGACAACUCAAUCAACACCUCCCUGCUUCUAGUGGACUGCACUCUGGAUGAUACCAGGCCUGGUCGUGGCGCGAAGUUAACCAGGUACUUAGAGCGUCGCCGAGAGUCUGGUGAUAUGAUGCCUGAUGUCACAAAUGAACCCUUAAUGGUAGCCCCAGACAAGAUACGAAGUAUGAUCGACAUCACAUACACUAUGAAAAAUCAGGACACAUACGUCGACAUAAGGGUGUUUAGCUUCAAUCUCAUCCUAGCCAUGGACUUUCUGAACAAAAUAGCCGAUUUCAUGAAAACAGGACUAGAGCAGGAGGUUCCUGAAGAUUCCGAGGAAGCCCUUGAAAAUAAGUCCCCGCAAGUCGUGAACAAGCUAGACAAGCCACCAGAGGUGCCCCUGGCAGUAGCAGUGAAAAAGAAGCCAACGUCAGCCGUGACACAACCAGCGGAGCCACAGCCGCAAAAGUUGUCCAUGAUGACUGUCAACAUAAAGAUAGAGCAACCCGAUAUUAUCUUGGUGGAGUCGCUCGAGCAAAGAACAUGCGACGCCUUGGUGCUUAAUAUGGAAGCCCGGUUCAAACUGCGCAAGAACGAAGAGCGUAUGGUCGCCGACGGCGGCAUCUCCGGCCUGCAAAUGGUCAUCCGCACUCUCGGCAAGGUGGAGAGAAACCAGCGCUAUCUCCUCGAGCCGGCCAACUUGUCGUUCGCGCUGUCCCAGCCGCCCAACUGCGGCAUGCAUGUAGACGUCGCCAUAUCAAAUAUUAAGAUCACCGUGUCGCCCGAUAUCAUAGCUCUAUUAAAUCGCGUGAUGGCAACCAUGACCAGCUCAGAGGAGGACAACACGCAGCAAGCUGAUAGGAUCAUUUUAUACUCUCAGCUGUGGGACAUUGCGCCCUUCAAACCGAAUACAUAUUGGUUCUUGAAAACUGAGAUGGCGGAAGAAGCCAUGGACCUAGAGGAACCACAAGAACUGUUAUUGAAAGAACAGCCCCCGACCGACGAGAUUUGCAUGCUGUCCAGUCCGUCCAUCGUGCUCUCUUUGGAGAUGCAGAUCGGUACUGAGACGAUCCCGGUGCUGGUUAUGCAGGCGUCGCUUACUGGACAAGUCAAGGACUGGAGUUCUGAUGUAAGUAGAAUAAUACGUUGCAGCCGCGACCCCCAUCAGCCCCGUUCCCCACGACGGCCGCCCCUCUCCAGGGGAAGAAGGCGAAGCCAGGAGCGGGACCCAGCGAUGGCCGAGCCGAGGCCAUCACCAUGCUCGUGGAGAUCCUGCAGGAGCUCCUCGUUGCCAUCCAGUCGGGACAGAGUCCUGUUCCGAUUAUCCUCAGAAGGCUGGCAGACCUCUAUAGCGUUCGCUAGCCAACUGAGGAUCCUACACUGGAAUGCCGACGGGCUCUCUGCAGCCAAAGUCACCCUGCUGCGACAUCUUCUGGCCGAGAAGAAGAUCGACGUAGCCCUGAUCUCGGAAACCCAUCUUAAGGCGGGCGACCGCCUUAAAAUACCAGGCUACGUCGCCUACAGAAAGGAGGAAACAUCUUCACUCGGACGCGCCUAUCGGGGACUGGCCGUCCUUGUGAAGCGUCAGGUCAUCCACCAGCCGCUGCCAGUGCCGACAACUCUCCGGUCGUCAUACGCCCUAGGCGUGGAAAUCUGCGUCGACCGCCACCCUCUGCGUGUGUUUGCGUUCUACAAGCCACCCAGCUCUCGCCUUGCAGUGGCUGAUGUCCACGACCUGCUGGACUCGCCGCUGCCCUCGAUUGUAGCCGGUGACUUCAACUGCAAACACACUGCAUGGAACUCAGUGAAGACCUGCCCAGAUGGGCAGCGACUCCUUGCCGAUGCAGAAGCCCAAGGAUACGAGGUGCUAGGGCCAGAGGUCCCCACGCACUUCCCGUACACGGCAGCCCACACACCGGACGUCAUCGACCUUAUGGUAGUACGCGGCCUGACUUCCUGGCCCGCGCAGGACGUCCUGGAUGACCAUCUCCUUUCUGACCACCAACCCGUCUUGGCAACACUGGACUUGACGCCGACUCGGACGGCUCCGCCCUCACCUCGCCGACGACAGGAUUGGGAUCGUUUUGCGACCUACAUGAGCGAACACACUCCAUCCUUCCCCGUGACUACAGCGGAGGAAGUCGACCGACUCGCUGAGGAGUUCGCCUCAUGCGCCACUGCCGCCCUGACAGACUCUUCCGCCGAGACCGGCGCCAGUCAGUCGCGCCGUAAGCAAAGCAUCCCCGCCUUUAUCCUGACCCUCAUCGAGAGGAAGAGGAAACUGCGUCGACAAUUCCAGCGCACACGAUGUCCCACCAUGAAGUCCCAGCUGAACUCUCUCGCCGAGAAGAUCUCGCAAAGCCUCGCGGCUUACACCGAGGACUCUUGGCUCGAGUACAUCGAGUCAGCUGGUGAGGACUGGAACGACAUCCAUCGUCUGUGCCGCAGAGUAACAGGAAGACCAGCACCCAUCCGCCCUCUUUUUGCCAGUGACGCGGGUUCCCGUGAGACUUAUAUAUGUAUUUGGCCAAAAUCUGAGACAUUGUUGAAACAUGCGCUCAACGCCCGCCUUUCCCAGAUCGACCAGCAGCUCCCGCUGCCCACGUUCCCCGUGACGCUGGCGCCCGUGCCGCCGCCGCCCUCCGUCGCCACCCAGGACAGCAUGGGUAUAAAGCCAUUCAUCGAAGUGUCGAUAGUGGAGCGUAUAAUGGAGCACAGCAAGGUCCGGCAGUACAAGUACUACAAGGUGCUGAUACAGGAGUUCCACGUGAAGGUCGACAUGGGCUUGAUCAACGCUCUGCUCGGCAUGUUCCCGCAGCGGCUGCUCACCGAGCAGGAGGCGCUGGAAGCCUUCCAAACGGACCUCGAAAACGCCAGACAGCCCCUAGAAGCACUAGCAGCCAUCGGCGCUGCCUCCGACAUGAAGAACUUCUACGACAACCUGCAUCUGUCUCCGCUGAAAGUGCACGUCUCUUUCUCUCUCGGCGGCGCCACGCAGCUGCCGUCCUUUAUCGGCACGGUGCUGCAGAGUAUAGGCGUCACGCUCACUGAUAUGAAUGAUGUUGUCUUUAAGCUAUCGUAUUACGAGCGUAACUUCGAGUUCCUCUCGCAGAAGGAGCUGAUAUCGCAAGUGUCGAGCCACUACCAAGGACAGGCCAUCAAACAACUAUACGUGCUAGUUCUGGGGCUGGAUGUGAUCGGGAACCCGUAUGGGUUGGUCGUUGGACUCAAGAAGGGUGUUGAAGACUUGUUCUACGAGCCCUUCCAGGGUGCCAUCCAAGGGCCGGGCGAGUUCGCCGAGGGCCUGUUCCUGGGCGUGCGCUCGCUGGUGGGCCACACGGUGGGCGGCGCGGCCGGCGCCAUGUCGCGCAUCACAGGCGCCAUGGGCCACGGGCUGGCCGCGCUGUCGCUCGACAAGGACUACCAACGCCGUCGACGCGACAACAUAAACAAGCCCCCAGCGAAUCUACAAGAGGGACUCGCGAGGAGUGGAAAAGGUCUAGUCAUGGGCGUGUUCGACGGCGUGACGGGCGUCGAUUCCACGAAGCCGAUAGAGGGCGCGCGCUCCGAGGGCGUCGAGGGUGUCUUCAAGGGCCUCGGUCGCGGCGCCGUUGGUCUCGUCGCGAGGCCUACGGCCGGCGUGGUUGACUUCGCUCGGGGAGACUUCGAUGCUGUUAAGAGGGCGGCUGACUUGUCAGAAGAGACGACGAAGCGGCGCGCCGCGCGCUACUUGCCGGUCGACACCGGCGUGCGGCCGUACUCGCGCAGCCAGGCCGAGGGCUACAAGAUGCUGUCCGAGCUGGAGAAGGGCAAGUACGUGAGCACAGACUCAUACGAGGCCCACGUGUGGGUGAUCCCCGCCAAGGAGGCGGUGAUGUGCACGGACAAGCGGCUGCUGUACCUCGAGAAGAACGUGGUCUUCGGUGGCUGGCAGAUCCUGUGGACCUACCUCUGGUCGGAGCUACCCGAAGUACCGACAGCCGUAGCGAAGGGAGUGUACAUACCGACUACGAAGAAAAAGGUGUUGGGCAUGUUCCCGAGCUCCGGAUCCGGUAAAGUGAUAUUUUUACUCGACGAACAACAGAAGAAAUACUUGCUGGCGCAGUGUGAGAGACUCAUGAGCUCCCGUUGACAUGAAGUAGUAGAAAGGAUGACCCCGACCGAGUGGCUGGGAGAGUUCUUUCUACUUAUCUUUGAUUUCCGCACCGCGAUGCUUGCAGUCGCCUACCACUUUAACCUGCACCACCUCAGCCCUCGAGGCUUCCGCUAACUAUCGCUGUGCUUAACUGAACUCUUUCGUAUCGUGUAUAUUUUCACCUCCAAUAUGCGAAGCUUGUGAGUGUGUUUGUGUAUUUUAUAUAUGUUUUUCUUAUGAUGACGUGUAUAAGAUGUGUAUUGAAAGUGAUUGAAAUCCUGAAGACUCCUUAUUAGUACCAAUAAGUGUAGCCAACAGCUAGAAGCUGAAGUAAGCCGUUUAAAACGCUACACGACACAUUUAUCGCUUCAAGUAUUUAAUCUCAAUUGUCUACAUAAGUCAGUUUUAAAUUGUAUGCUUUCGCUUAUUAUUAUGAUGUUCUUUCUGUACUUACAUUUAUUCUAUACUACUACCGCGAACUCUACUGAUUUUAGAUAUUUAGCCAUAAAGAUUAAUAUAUUUGCAUUUAAGCAAUGUUUAAAUUGUGCCGUCUUCCGACAAAAUAUUUAAGAUGUGUUCAAAAUUGUAUUAACUGUUGCCAAGUCGAAGAAGUCAGGAUCUGUUCGAGCUGUGAAUAUUGUUUUGUUAACACAUUAAAUUUUAUGGGAUUGUUGUUAUUAACUGGUUAAUGGUGUAACUGUCAAAGUUGUAUACAAUGAUAUUUUUGAUUUAAAUCAGUUGAUAUUAUUUUGUUUGAAAUAUUAAAUAAUUAAGUUUAAAUUGUAGAAUACUUACCUAAUGUAUUUACUUGGUAUUAUGACACAUGUUCUUUACUGAGGCCUAAUAGUACAAACUCGAAUACACAAGAUGUUGUGAAUGAAUUAAAUACGUUGUCAAUCUUUUGCAGUGUAUACAUAUAUUUAUAUUUUAAAUGUUGAUUACUAAGGCGAUCCAAAUAGCAGUGCCUUAAUAUCAGUGUUUAGAGAUAUUAUAGGUAUUGUAUAUGGAAAUCGUUUUGUUAAAAAUAGCAUUAUCCGAAAAAUAAAAAAGUUUACUAGGUGCUAGUAGUCCUAUUACCUAUUUAUGAUGUCAUGAAAUAAUUGUUAUUUUGAACCAAUGCUAUUUCCACUUCUAUGUUUUUUUGUAACAAAUGAUAUAGGUCUAAUAGUUUUCUUGAUGGAUGAAUUAUUUACUACACUCUCACCCAGAUUAUUAAAAGAAAGUUAGCCUUGAUUCGGCGGAAGUUAAAUUAUUAUCACUUUGUAGGAUUUUUACUUUUUAAAGCAUUUAUGUCCAUAUUUUUUAAAGUUGCUCGUGUAUUUUUUGCUAUCUACUUAAUGCACAAUUUCUUAUUUUUACGUUAUUUUGUCAAGCUUGUGUACGAUUAUUUCGUAAUAAAUCUAUGAAAUAAUAAA